GAAAACUGCACCAGUGCACACCAGUGCUAGUGUGUGACACGCCACUAUGAGGUCUCUGCAGGCUGUGCUCGUGGCGGUCCUCGUCCUGCUUGCCGUCGCCGCGACGACAGACGCCGCGUGGGCGCCGAUACCGGAUCGCGACCUGAACGGCAUGGUGGUGCAGCAGGCGGGCCGGUUCGCCGUGCUCGUGCAUGACAUCACGCGCCGGACGACCCUGGUGUUCGUCAAGGUGGAGCGCGGCGAGAUGGAGCGGCCGGCGGGCGGCGGCCUCGGCACCAACUACAGGCUCGUGGUGACCGCGGCGAGGGCGCCCGGCGGGAGCAGGGGCCAGUACGAGUGCGUCGUGUGGGGCGUGCCCGGCUCGCGCACCAGCACCUGGAAGCUCCUCGGCUUCAAGGCGCUCUAGCUACAUGCAUGGCCACCGAGCACUCGUACGUGUGGGUGUGACGGUCCGAGGCAAAGCCGCGCGCGUACUCCGCUGAAUAAUCUACGUUUCCCCGGCAUAUAGUAUGUGCAUGGGUUUUUUAAGUACUGGUACACGUCGUUUAAUUUGUUACGCGAGUAAGGCACGGCAAAUACCUGUCUGCGUGCAGUCCGCACACAGUAGCGCCGGAAUAAGCAAGUCCGCACAGUCUUUUUUGUCAUCAUUGCCCGAAUGAUAUAUGUUGGUGAUUUUAUAAGAGUCUGGAUACUGUGAUUGUUCUCAA